AUGUAUGAUGUUAAGAGGUGUUUCUAUCUGCUUAUGUACUUUGCUUUCACUUCAUUACAGGAGGAUGCAGAUGAAGAUGAUGAAUCAAAUGACGAUGAUGUGGAUGAUAAGUCUUCUUCUCAUUCAGAUUUUUCAGAGGAAGAAGAUCGAGAGAGAGAUGAGGAUGAUAUGGGAAAUGCUUCAAAAUGGAAAGAUUCCUUGGUGGAAAGGACCAUUUCAAGACAGCAUAGUAAUCUUUUGCAACUUGUAUAUGGGAAAUCUGAAUCAAAGUUGAGUGCUUAUACUAAUGACGCUCAGUGUAGCACUGAGGAUGAAGAAAGCGAGGACGAUGAGCUAUUUAAGCCAAAAGGAGAGGGAACAAAGAAAUUGGGAGAGGGAUCAGAUACUGAUAAUGUAAAUACUGAUGAUUAUUCCAAAGUCACAAAUCAUUAUAGUCUGCAAAACUGGAGAAAAGAAGAGUUUGCUGAAAGCAUUCGUGACCGUUUUGUCACUGGAGAUUGGUCAACAGCUGGUCGCAGAGGUCAAAUCUCAGAAGCUGAUAGUGAUGGCGAUGUUUUGGGUGAUUUUGAAGACUUGGAAACAAGUGAAAAGCAUGAGAGCCGUCAAACUAGUGAUAAUGGUGAUGAUGAUGCAGUACACCAGCAUGAUGACGUAACAACCGAGGAGCGGAGGCUUAAAAAGCUUGCUAUUCGUGCAAAAUUUGACACUCAGUAUGAUGGGUCUGAAUCACUUGAUGAGGAAAAUGGCAACAAACGUGGAACCAAAUUUCAUCGGAACCAGGUGAACGACAGUGGAUUUGUUGAAAAGCUCAAAGAGGAGAUUGAACUUCGCAAGCAACAUAAUAUAGCUGAGCUAAAUGAUCUUGACGAGGCCAAGCAGUUGGAAAUUGAGGGAUACAGAACAGGGACUUACGUCAGAUUGGAGAUUCAUGGUGUUCCCUGUGAAAUGGUUGAACAUUUUGAUCCCCGUGAUCCUAUUCUUAUUGGAGGAAUCGGGCUUGCAGAGGAAAAUGUUGGAUACAUGCAGGUCCGACUAAAGCGACAUAGAUGGCACAAAAAGUUACUGAAGACUAGAGAUCCGAUGAUAGUUUCGAUUGGAUGGAGGCGAUACCAAACUACUCCUAUUUAUGCUGUCGAGGACCGUAAUGGACGUCAUCAUAUGCUCAAGUAUACUCCGGAGCACAUGCAUUGUCUUGCCAUGUUUUGGGGCCCUCUUGCACCUCCGAAUACUGGUGUAGUCGCUGUUCAAAAUUUAUCCAACAAUCAGGCAACGUUUAGGAUCACAGCAACUGCAGUGGUUCUGGAGUCCAACCAUGCUGCACGCAUAGUGAAGAAGAUUAAGCUUGUUGGCUGCCCAUGCAAGAUCUUUAAGAAGACAGCACUUAUCAAGGAUAUGUUCACUUCAGAUCUUGAAAUAGCCAGGUUUGAAGGAGCUGCUGUCAGAACAGUAAGCGGUAUCCGUGGGCAGGUGAAGAAGGCUGCAAAGGAAGAUAUUGGUAACCAACAAAAGAAGAAAGGAGGACAACCUAAAGAAGGAAUUGCCAGGUGCACAUUCGAGGAUAAGAUUCUGAGGAGUGACAUUGUUUUCUUACGUGCAUGGACUCAAGUUGAAGUUCCUUGCUUUUACAACCCCUUGACAACAGCGCUCCAACCUCGUAACCAGACAUGGCAAGGAAUGAAAACUGUGGCUGAAUUGAGGAAUGAACGCAAUUUUCCAGUGACUGUUAACAAGGAUUCACUCUACAAGCCAAUUGAAAGGAAGCCAAGGAAGUUCAACCCACCAGUUAUCCCGAAGUCAUUGCAGGCAGCCCUCCCAUUUGCUUCAAAGUCCAAGGAUAUCCAACGUCGAAAGCGGCCACUUCUUGAAAAUCAAAGGGCUGUCGUGCUGGAACCUAAUGAGCACGAAUUGCAUACGCGUGUUCAACACCUUCAAUUGAUUACGCAUGAAAAGAUGAAGAAGCGAAAGCUUAAGGAAGAGGAGAAGAGGAAAUCACAUGAAGCAGAGAAGGCCAGGGAAGAGCAGCUUUCCAAAAAACGUCGUAGAGAAGAACAGCGGGAGAGGUUCCGUGAGCAAGAUAACUUAAAAAGGAAAAGCCGGGGAGGGUCUGGGGCCUAAUGCCUUUCUAAUUACAGUCAUUUAUUAAAUUCUUUGUGCAUUGUCUGCGCAAUAUUAGGCCAGUUUUGUCAAUUCUAAUGCAAAAUUUAUGACUCUCAGUAAACUAAUCCUCGGGUUCGCAGUGAACUUUGGUGGCGAUUUGAACCUUGGCGAGCUUGUACAUCAUUCGUAUCUAACAGGUGGUGGUUUUGCAUUAAUCGGCUACAGAAAGCCUGAAUGGCAUUGAAAUAUGUGUAUAUAUUUGGUGAAUUCUCCCUUUUAUUUCAAUUUUGAAACAACUAAGUA